AUGAACCCCUGGGAAGAUCGAGCCCUUCAAGUAUCUUCUGGUGGACGAUCACUAAUGAGUGCCUUGCAGUACUACUUUCCCACGCCCACGGAGCCAUCACCUGUCGAUGUCAGCAACUCGCCACGAACAGUCCCCGCCGAAGAUGACAAGGUCCAUGACCGCAUCAUCUAUCCUGGCAUCUACUCGGCCAGUGGCUUUGAUGUCAUGGGUGUUCUUUGGCGUCUUGCGCAACGCCCAAAUCCUGUCGUUGAUAUUGGCUACGUAGACGCCUCGUGCGCCUUUGUCGUCUGUGACAUGCAUCAGCCAGACUGCCCCAUCAUAUACGCGUCGGACCCUUUCACGCACUUAACUGGGUACUCGAAACGUGAAAUCCUCGGACAGAACUGCCGCUUCCUCCAGGCUCCUGGCGGCUCCGUGGUGAGAGCAUCACCCCGGCAAUAUGUCGACAAGGCCAUGGUCAACUACAUGCGCCACGCCGUCGAGCAUUUUGCUGAGAUUAGUGUCGAGCUCAUCAACUUCCGCAAGAACGGCCAGCCAUUCGUCAACAUCUUGACGCUGAUUCCAGUCUCCUUCGGCGGUCCGACUCCGGAAUACUUCGUUGGUUUUUCGGUCGAGAAGGAGCAAGGCUGGUAG